AUGGGGGCCCGGCCCCCGCGAGGGAGACCACCGACCAGAUUACUCCCGCGCGCCUCCCGCUCAACCCGCGGCCGGGCGCUGCUCCGUGACGUCCGCGGCGCUCCGCCGGGUCCUAACGCCGGCUCCAGCCACGCCCACUCCCCACUCAGCCAACCACGGCCGGGCCGCUCCAGAGGCGCCACCGCUGCCUGCACCCCGCCCGUCCCACGCGCCCCGGGCCGCGCAGAGGCGGCUCUAACGCACCGGGAGGAGUGGGCCCGCCUCUCCCGGUGCCCGCAAGGCCGCCCGGCUGCGCCCGCCUUUGUCUACCUUCUUUGUCUGCCCCGCGCCCUCGCGGCGGCGGCGGCGGCUAGGCCUCUGGGGAGCCGGACGGGAACGCCGAGCGCAGCUGGCGAGGGCGCGCUGGCCGGGAGCGCGCUGGGCCCGGCUCGGCCAAGGGCUGCCCCUCGGCUGGGGGCAGCGGAGCCCUCUCCCCCGCCACCCCUCCCUCUCCCCUCCCCGUGUUCCCGCCCCCUUCCUUCCCGCCCGCCCCCCUCCCCCUUCCCUCCAGCCCCUCUCAGCCUCGGCACAUCCUCCUGCCGCCCGCGCACCUCUCCGCGAGGUCCUGGCUUCGCAGCUCUGCCCUCUGCUGCGCUCGGCUCCCGCAGGCGCUCGGCCCGGAGCCCCUCGGCCCCCGCCCCGCCGGUCAGACAGUUGCGCGCCUGGACAAAGGUGGGCUACCUGGAGCGCUCAGGAGCCAGGCGCGCUGGGGACCGAGGCUGGAAGAAGAAGCCCUCGGCUGAGCCCACCACCCACCCUGCCCCCAUGCUGCUCCUCGCCCUCCUCCUGCUCCUGGAGCUGAGCCUGGCAGGCUCCCUGGGACCCGGAAGCUCUGCUCAGAACCUCCCGGAGAAUCAUAUUGACCUCUCGGGACCAGCACUGUGGACGCCUCAGGCCAGCCACCACCGUCGGCGGGGCCUGGGCAAGAAGGAGCGGGGCCCAGGCACACCUGGCUGGACCCAGGAUGGGGCUGUGGUCACUGCCACCAAGCAGGCCUCCAGGCUCCCAGGGGCAGAGGGACUGCUGCGUGGGCCGAGUCCUGCAGGCCUGCUGCAGGACAAAGGUCUGCUCCGGGGGCUGACUCGGCCCUACCCCGAGAAGGAGAGCCGGGCUCCAGGGUCAGAGAGGGUGAAGAAACGAGGCAGGGAGCACAAGAGACGGAAGGAGAGGUUGAGGCUGCACAGAGGCCGAGCCUUGGUCAGAGGCCCCAGCUCCCUGAUGAAGAAGGCGGAGCUCUCAGAAGACCAGUCCCCGGAUGCUUUGAUGGAGGAAUCCUCCACCAGCCUGGCCCCCACCAUACUCUACCUCACCACCUUUGAGGCACCUGCCACCGAAGAAUCACUGAUCCUGCCCGUCACAUCCCUGUGGCCCCAGGCUCACCCCAGGCCUGACGGGGAGGUGAUGCCCACACUGGACAUGGCCUUGUUCGACUGGACUGACUAUGAAGACUUAAAGCCUGAGGUCUGGCCAUCCACAAAGAAGAAAGAGAAACACCGUGGCAAACUCUCCAGUGAUGGGAACGAAACAUCACCAGCUAAAGGGGAGCCCUGCGACCAUCACCAGGACUGCCUGCCAGGGACCUGCUGCGACCUCCGGGAGCAUCUCUGCACGCCCCACAACCGAGGCCUGAACAACAAAUGCUUUGACGACUGCAUGUGCGUGGAAGGGCUGCGCUGCUACGCCAAAUUCCACCGGAACCGCAGGGUCACCAGGAGAAAGGGGCGCUGCGUGGAGCCCGAAACGGCCAACGGCGACCAGGGGUCUUUCAUCAACGUUUAGCGGCCCGCGCGAGACGCCUCCGCACCAGCCUGGGGAGCGAGCUCCGGAGUUUUGGAGAAGCCGGGCAGUUUGUUUAUAACUAGCGGUGGCGGAUCAAAUGCGGGACCAGCUGACUGAGGCUGCAGGCUCAGAUCCAGGACGCUCUGUUCCGAGCCCUUGACGAACUGCCCCUGCCCAGGAGCCGAGCAGCAGCACGCCUGCACCCAGCCCUGGGCGGACGAGAGACCCACACCGCCUGCGCAUCCGGUGUCCGUGUUCUCCGCGAUGGCAAUGUCGAGAGUGCCCUCUAUCGUCCGACCGCAGCACUGCAACGGUUUCAAGUUUCAAAAGGAAGUUUUUGAGCUGGGAAAGAAUGGAAACUCCUGGAGAGACGGGGAACCAAAAGGCGGGAGAUGAAUACCGAAGCACCUCCUAUGUACCAGGCACUGUGCUAAACGCGGGCCAUACGUUAUCUCGUUUAUCACAUGACCUUUUAAAGUAGGCAUAAUCACCAUUUUACAAGUGAGGAAACUGAGGCAGGCUUAAAUGAUCUUGUCCAGGGUCCCAGAUCAAUGCUCCUCAAACCUUCACCUGUGUGAGAAUGCCCAGGGAUCUGGUUAAAAUGCAGAUUCCAAUUCAGUCGAUUCUGCAUUUCUAACAAGGUUCAGGGCUUGCUGAUGCUCCUGGUGACCCGGGACCUCACUGAAAGCACCAGGUCCCGGGGAGUCAGGAGUGGAGCUGGCAUCUGAACCUGGGUCUGCCCAGAUCCAAGGCUCACAUCCUUGCUCUUCCACAACCAAGGACUCAUUCCAAGUUCUCCACGGCUUUCGGUGAGAGACACAUGUUCCCUGCUGGCUCCUUUUGCUGUGGUGAAGGCUGGAAUAACAGACAAUUCCUUCCCUGGACAAAGGUGUAUCAUUUCAAAGAAGAAGAAAAAAAGAAAAUGUGCAUUAAGCACCUGCUUGCUUACAAGGCAGGAUUUGGGCAGAUUGGCGAACUGGUGUUCUGAGAGAGGAAGUGUUUAAGGGAAACGGUAAAGCUGUUCCUUAUGUCUAUGGCCCUGCUCACCAGGACUUGCACCUUGGAGGGCCCUGAAAGCUGCCAU